AACACCAAGGAAGUGGCCCUUACGUGACUCCAAGCAGACACUGGAGAUGCAGAGGCCAAAUCUCGUCUUUAAUGGAAUAUAAAGGUUACCCUUGCCAAAAGGCAAUCCCGGUCUGUUGUCCUACAGCAGUCCAUACUUCCCUUACAACAUGCAGUGUCAUUUCUACCUCAUAGGCGAAGUCGUCGCCACAGCGCAGUGUCUCGAAGUCGACGCCCUCUGGAAGUUCGAGGACCUCCAACGCGCAGUCGGGGGUGUAUUUCAUGUCGUUCAGCCUACCGGAAUUUCGUUCCACACCUCCUCUAAUGAUACCUUGACAACGGUGUCCGAGGUGCUCGCGGCCGCGACGUCCACUUCUCCCGUAGGCCUGCGCAUCGACGGUAACGCCGUGCAGACGCCACAGGGCCCGCCAGGCCUGCCGCUCGUUGGCAGCUUCUAUGAGAUUUUUCCGGACCACCUUGGCAACCAUUACCGGCUGUUCCGCAAAUAUGGCCCUGUCAUCAAGACUACCAAUAUGGGCAAGACGAUUUACCUGACGGACGAUCCGCAGGUGGCAGCAGUGUGUUUCGCCGAGUCAGCGUACAUGACCAAGAAGAUCAAUUCCGAUCACCCACUCUGGGGCGUCAAAGACAACACAGCCAUCUUUAUCGGUGACACGGAGACGGAGAAUUGGCGGCUGGCGCACAAGUACCUACCGCCAGCUAUGGGGCCCAAAGCAGUGCGGCACUACACGGGGCUGAUGCAGGAGUGCGCACGCAAGUCAUUGCCCGUGUUCGACGAGCUGGACGCCCGUGAUGAGUCCUGGAACGUAUACCAGUACAUGAUAAAACUGGCAUCGCAGACUAUUGGCCGCUUCUCUCUUGGCAAGGAUUUCGGCCACUUCAACGCCGUCGACAGCCCCCUGCACCCCAUCGUCACCAACAUUGCUAGUCUGCUCUCGCUCAACAAGAAAAUCACAGCCCGCGGUGAAUGGUACCGCCACCUACCCUUCGGCGACCCGGCUCGUCUGCGCCACGUCCAGCACACCAUCUACUCGCUGCUGCAGGAGCAGGUCGACACGGUGACGGCCGAGUCGUGCAGCACCGACGCGCCCAUGGCCGACGCCGCGUUGUCUGCUACCUGUGUCGUUGACUACCUGUUGCACGCAGUCGACGACACAGGAGCGCACUUCCCGCCAUCCCUGAUUCUGGCCAACAUGCUUAUUGUGACAGGGGCUGGGUUCACGACCACAUCGGCGCUGCUGUCAUGGCUGAUCUACUGCCUCGUCACGUACGAGGGUACGCAGGACCGGCUGUACGCGGAGCUGGUAGAACACGGUAUCGUAGGCCCUGCUGGCGAGCGAAAUCAGACGACCUGGACGCCGGACCUGGCACACAGCCUGCCGUACAUGGACCGGUUCGUCAAGGAGACGCAGCGACUACACAAUGCCUCCUUCCAGCCGGGCCGCACAACAAAGACCGACGUCGUCCUCCCCGGCGGCUAUCGCCUUCCUCCCGAUAGCGUCAUUGUGCCUGCCCUAUAUGCCAUCCACACCAACCCCAAGGUCUGGCGUGAUCCCUUCCGCUUCGACCCGGACCGCUGGGACACGGACGAGGUUAAGAACCGCCACCGCUGCGCCUAUGUACCGUUCGCAACGGGGCCGCGCGGCUGCAUCGGCUUCAACUUUGCUUUGUUGGAGGUAAAGAUCCUGCUGGCCGAGCUGGUGAGUAGGUACGAGUUCGUUCGUGACGGUCAAGAGGCCAUCGAUUAUGACCCAGAGUUCCAGCUCAUUCGGCCUUUGAACUUUUAUGUGAGGGCUAAGCGCCGCGUGUGAUUGACGAUUGAGACCAUUGUGUAUAUAAGUUGAUAGACAAAGUACUUUGUAGUCUUAAUUAGACGUGUUGUAUAGACGUGUUGUGAAUAUUAGCAAGUAUUCAGCCGGCACUGUGGCAAAUCUCGCGCAGGGCUUUAAGAGCCCGGGAGUACGGCCCGAAGUAGCGCACAUUGGUGUCGUCGUCGCACCACUCGGAUUCUUUCUCCUCCUUUUCGAGCACA